UGUUUAAAAAUCGCAAUAAUCGAGUGUUACGUGAAAGUCGCUAAUUUAAAUAUUUAUAUAAGUUGUAGAUUGAUGAAUACCAAACGUGGAGGACGUGUACUGCUGGAUUCCCAGACGCAUUCAUCUGUCUACAUCAUAUCUUUAUUUAUAUCCGAACAUCAGAAUUCCCACAAAAACGAUCAACCUCAACAUCAAAGACAUGGAAAUAUAAUAUGAUUCACAAGCAGUGCACGGGCAAUGAGUGAGUUCAACCGAUCCGGUUUUCCCCGCGGCUUGUUUUCUUGCCGCGCCGCUCGACCAACGCGCCCUCCACACCACAGCGUCGCGCCGGCGUCGCCUUGGCUUGUUUCGCGUCUGCAGUCGCGAAUCGUCGCCGAAGAAAAUGCGGUGUGUCCUCUGCAGGUACUCCCGCGAAAAUUCCGUCGUUAUUUGAGCCGACGACGUCUUCAUCCACCGAUGCGAUGGCAAAGCAAGAGUGAGCCAAGUCAACGACGUCGAGGAGGCUGCAUUGCAGUAGAAACAACAAUAACAAGAAGCACAAUCCACAUUGCAAUAUGGGUUUAACUCAGAUGGACCAGAGUUAUCACAAUUACAACAAGAAACACCACACUGAAUCAAUCUCAGUAUUUAGUUUAGCUGAUAAUAAGAAGGUGGAGGACACUGCCCAGGAUGUUGAAGAAAAUGGAGAGCUGACAUUGUUUCAAAAUCAAGUUGCUGGCCAUUUGAACAGUGACAAACAUUUUGGUAUCAUCAAGUUCAAGGAGGCUCUGCUCAAGCCAAUUCCGAAUCCGGUGUACUUUAAUCGUGAGGCAAGUUUCUACGAACAUCUGCAAUCCAUUGGUGUGGACGAAUGUGAACCGGACGUCUUAAUCAAAAAACUGGUGCCUAAAUUUUUCGGUCGCAGCGUUGUUCAAAUCAACGGCAGUUGCGUGCAAUGCCUUGUCAUGGAGGAUCUUACACGCGGCAUGCGUGAACCAUGCAUCAUGGAUGUUAAGAUUGGGAGGCGGACUUGGGAUCCGGAAGCCACACUCGAAAAAAUAAACGGCGAAGAUGCAAAAUAUUUGGAGUCCAAGCGUGAAUAUGGUUUCUGUAUUCCUGGAUUUCAGGUCUAUGAUGUGAAAACCGGUGCUAUGCAGAAGUUUGGCCGAGUUUACGGCAAGCAACUUAAUAAGGACACCAUAGUUGAAUCCAUGCGUUUUUUUCUAAACGGUGUUGGUAAACCAAUGCGUCGAAUUCUGGUCGUCCAGCUGCUGGUAGAUCUGUGGCAUAUUCAGCGCUGGGCACGCAAACAGCGUCGUCAUCGCCUUUAUUCUUCGUCGAUUUUGCUCAUCUAUGACGCGCGACGUUUGCGUCAGUUUUUCGACGCGAGCUCCAAACCGCCGACAGGAACAACCCCGCCUGAAACAGAGUCUGCCUGCGGUUUGCGCCGUACGAACAGUCUUUAUCGUCCGCUUAGUCUCGCAAUACUCGAUGAUAAAUGUACGAAAACCGGAUUCAGCGGACAAUUAACUAAGGAAGGUCCGAUUUUUCCAUGUCGUGCUACAAAAUUUAAUUCAUCGUUGCCCGCUCAGGCUGUGGAGGCGGGUAGACGACGACCGGCUGCUAGCUUGAAACGCAUGCACUCGUUUCAUAAUAAUUACGAUGAGGAAUUGCGUUCAAUUCGUACUGAUUACGCGAAUAUUCUAGAGGAUCUUGUCGACGACUGCCAUAGUGAAGUGUGGGCCGCGGCGCGUAUGAUCGAUUUUUCGCACACCUUUCCGGCUGACAGCAUCACCCGCCCGGAUGUUAACUAUCUGGACGGUAUCGAAAGCCUGGUGAAAAUGAUGGAGGAUUUCUUAGCGGAGAGCGAAGAAUAAAAGUCCAGUAUUUUUGUACCUAGGUAAAUAUCACUUAUUACUUAAGCAAUAUGAUCAGGAUCAUGACAGAGGGAACAAGGGCAAAUGCAAAAGAGGAUGUAAAAUUAUACCUUAAUUUAAAACGAAAAUAUUCAUAGAUUUAUUUACACACAAUGAAUUAAAGCAAUACUCAACGCGAACAA